UUUUCAUUGAUCAUAAUCAUAAUCAUAACCGAUGAACCAAACACAGAAGAAGAGGGAAAAGCUAGUUACUUUACUCCUGUAACUCUCUUGUUUAUCUUAAUUUUUUUAGCUUCUCUUGUUAUGUCAUUGCUUAGGCUUCAACCCAUUUAUGGAAUAUCUCAGCUCUCAGUGGGAACUCCAUUCCCACAGAAGAAAAGACCCCUCCUUUUGAGACCACAAGCUCUUCCCUCCAGAACCCAGAGGAUUAUGGAGGGUGUUUCAGUGGGUGGAGAAGUUGGUGGUGCUGGUGGAGUAUACUCUUAUGAAGCCUUGAAAAGAUUAGACAAGCUAUGGUCAACCAUAUGCUCCUCUCAAGAAGUUGAUCAAAAGCCUCAGCAAAUUGUCUCUACCAUCCCAGGCUUGUUUGGCUCAUCUGGUCUUGCUGACAGAGCAGAAGGUUCAUAUGAUGUGUUGGUGUGUGGUGGCACUCUAGGAAUCUUCGUUGCCACUGCCUUGUGUAGUAGGGGUCUUCGAGUUGCGAUUGUGGAAAGGAAUGUACUGAAGGGGAGAGAGCAAGAAUGGAAUAUAUCAAGAAAGGAGCUUUUGGAACUUGUAGAAGUUGGAGUCCUGGAAGAAGAUGACAUUGAAAGAGCCACGGCAGUGAAAUUCAAUCCUAAUAGAUGUGGAUUUGAAAGGAAAGGGGAUAUCUGGGUCAGCGACAUACUUAAUCUCGGUGUUUCACCAGAAAAGCUUAUAGAGAUUGUAAAGACACGGUUUCUCUCCCUCGGUGGAGUCAUUUUUGAGCAGUGCAGCGUCUCCUGCAUUAAUGUAUAUGAGGAUGCUGCAGUUCUAAAACUUUCUGGGGACAGGAUAUUGUCAUCUCGUCUCAUAAUUGAUGCCAUGGGCAACUUCUCCCCUGUUGUAAAACAGAUAAGAGGUGGGCAAAAGCCUGAUGGUGUUUGCCUUGUUGUUGGAACAUGUGCACGUGGCUUUAAGACAAACUCCACUAGUGAUGUCAUAUUUAGCAGUUCAUCAAUAAAGAAAGUUGGAGACUCAAAAGCACAAUUGUUUUGGGAGGCAUUUCCUGCAGGCUCGGGUCCUUUGGACCGUACAACUUAUAUGUUCACUUAUGUGGAGCCUCAACCUGAAUCCCCAAAAUUAGAAGAAUUAUUAGAUGAAUACUGGGAUUUGAUGCCAGAAUACCAGGGUGUUUCACUUGACAAUUUAGAGAUACUGCGAGUUAUUUAUGGAAUCUUUCCCACGUAUCGCGAGAGUCCGCUACCAGCUUCUUUUAAUAGAGUUUUACAGUUUGGUGAUGCCAGUGGCAUACAGUCACCUGUUUCAUUUGGUGGAUUUGGAAGUUUGACCAGACACCUUGGGAGACUGUCAGCUGGAAUACAUGAAGCAAUCGAUGGUGAUUAUCUUGACUCAUACAACUUGUCCUUGCUGAACCCUUACAUGCCCAACUUGAGUGCUUCAUGGCUGUUCCAAAGAGCAAUGUCAGCAAAGAAACAGUCCAAUGUUCCUGCAGAUUUUAUUAAUGAACUUCUUUAUUCCAACUUUAGUUGUAUGCAGAGGCUAGGUGAUCCUGUGCUACGACCGUUUCUACAGGAUGUUGUACAGUUUGGGCCACUUUCCAAAACAUUAGGCCUGGUUAUGUUAACAAAUCCUCAAAUACUCCCAUCCAUAUUCAAGCAGGUUGGUGUUCCUGUACUUGUUGAUUGGUCGAGACAUUUUGUGGGGCUUGGAUACUACACCUUUCUAUCGACCUUUGCUGAUCCUAUUGUGAGGCCACUGGUACAUACCUUGCCAUCCAAGAUGAGUUUCCAGUUGAAGCGGCAUCUAGAGGCUUGGAAAUAUGGAGCUGGUCUAGAUUAUAAGUUAUAGGAAUUAUUUUUUAAGUCUGAUUCAUA